CGCGGUGGAUGGAUGAAGCCUCGGCAGCAUGCGCGUGCCAUGUCUACAUGGAGAAGAGUCGUGAGUUCAGGACCCACUUCUACUCUCUGACCACCUUGAUGCCGCGAAUCUUUCACAGCGAUUGCUUCAUCCCAAAACAUAUCAAAGCACGACGUUCACAAUGGGAAAGAAAAGUUCCAGCAAGUCAGAGGCACCAGCAGCUCCUGCGCCUGCUCCCGUGGCCAACGGCAAGAGCAGCAAGAAGGACAAGAAAGCUGCCGUAGCUGCUCCCGCACCCGCAGAAGAGAAAAAGUCCAGCAAGAAGUCGAAGAAGGCUGCUCCGCCUCCUCCUCCUGUAGUAGAGAGUAGCGACAGCAGCGACGAUGACUCGAGCGACGAUGACAGCGAUGGCGACAGUGACAGCGACGACAGUAGCAGCGAAGAGGAACCCUCCAAGGCAGAUGUUGUAAAGCCUGCCGCAAACGGUGUCAAGGCUGCAGCUGCCGACUCCGACGAUUCAGAUGACUCCGACGAUUCCGACGACUCUGACUCUGACUCUGACUCUGAUUCUGACGAAGAGGAUGUUGCCAAGCCUGCUGCUGCCACAAACGGCAAGACUGCGGCUGCGGCUGACGAAGAGGACUCGGACGACUCGGACGACUCGGACGACUCGGACGACUCGGACGACUCGGAUGACUCUGACGAUUCGGACGAUUCGGACGACUCUGAUGAGGAGGAAACAAAGUCCGCGCCCGCUGCAGCAGUGGUAGAGAAGGCAAGCAACAAGCGCAAGGCAGAAGGCGAUGAAGUAGUCGCGAAGAAGGCUAAGGUUCAGCCUGAUGCAGACAACCCUGAUGCUCCCAAGCAGUGCUGGGUCGGCCAAUUGAGUUGGAACGUCGACAAUGACUGGCUCAAGCAGGAGUUUGAGGAGUUCGGCGAGGUUCUCAGCGCAAGGGUUGUCACUGACAAAGAAAGCGGCAAAUCUCGCGGUUUUGGCUUCGUCGAAUUUGCGACUGCAGCGCAGGCGAAGGCCGCAUUUGAGGGCGCGCAAGGCAAGGACGUGGAUGGUCGCGCCAUCAAAGUCGACUUGCAAGCCGCCAGAGCACCGAGAGAAGUGGGCGAUGCGCGCGCCAAAAAGUUCAACGACACCAGGUCUGCACCCUCGCCCGUUUUAUUCGUCGGCGGCUUGUCCUUCUCGCUCACGGAGGACGAGGUCUGGGAAGCAUUUGGAGAGCAUGGCGAAGUAUCGCGUGUCACCUUGCCCAAGGACAUUGAAUCUGGUCGGCCCAAGGGAUUCGGCUAUGUCGAGUACGCUUCUCAGGAAGGCGCAGAUGCUGCCAUCGAGGCACUUGCUGGUGCCGAGCUUGGCGGCCGUGCCAUCAGGCUAGACUAUGCGCCUCCUCGUGGUGAAGGCGGAGGAGGUGGCGGUGGUCGAGGCGGCUUCGGCGGCGGACGAGGAGGUGGAAGAGGAGGCUUUGGCGGUGACCGCGGUGGACGAGGUGGUGGACGAGGCGGGCGCGGUGGUGGCAGAGGCUUUCAAGGCGGUGGAGGCUCUGGCUGGGGUGACCGGGGUGGUCGCGGAGGCGGCCGGGGAGGUGGACGUGGAGGAUUCGGCAGCAGGCCAGUUGGCGGCUCGGAGUUCUCUGGCAAGAAGACCACCUUCGAUUAGAGCAAAGCAGGGAUUCACUGCUCGCUUCCGCUUUGUCUAUAGUCAUUGGCGCAUCGUGUUGGAAAUUCUUGGCCUCUCUCGAUUCUCUCUCGUGACCUUGUCCAACCCCCGCGGCGCUGCCAAGCAGCAAUUUGGGAACGGGACUAUCGCUCUCACUCCUCCCCAACCAACACUCCACUCCAAAAAGCCACAUACACAUAUUACGAUCUGUCAGGCUAUCAUACUCAAUUUGAGGCUGUUUCAGGCUCUUCAUCGGCUAUCCUCCCAGAUCAUAGCUCAUCUCUCUGUCAAUCUAUGCAAUGGCUCUCCGACACCUGAUCUCUAUCAUGCAGGGCUCGAUUGGACUCGAUUGUCCAGACAAGCCUGGCGCACAGCUAUAAGCUGCCAAUCGGAGGUUUCAAAGUUCUUCGAAGUCACUCUCCCGCCUCGUAUGGCCC